CUUGUGCUGCCAUCUCAGCUGUCAGUCAGUAGCACGCGGCUAUUUUUUUGUUUUGUUUUGUGGAACGCACCUAUCUCUUUUGCCACAAAUCUGCUACGCUUCCUCUGGUUAUAUAGAUCUUUUGGGAAACGUGUCAUUGUAUGUUCGAGUAUGAAGGAUAAACACAACAACCAGGUCGAAGCUGCAGACGUGUCGUCUUUCGAGGUGACUCUCCAGCAACUCAACGACUUGUUGACGAACGACAGCGGCUUUUACGGCUGGCCAACAAAAAACUUUCACGAGGUUUAUCCACGCGUGUACGUCGGCAAUGCGUUUUUGGCAAACAAUGUGACGCGUCUGAAGCGUUUGAAAAUCACACACAUCCUGAACGCAGCAGAGGGAAACUCCCUCAUGCACGUGAAUACCAACGCUGAGUUCUACGCAGGCACAGACGUCAUCUACCACGGUUUGCCAGCCAGCGACACUGAUCACUUCGACAUCAGCAUUUACUUUGAGGAAGCUGCAGAAUUCAUCGAGAAUGCUAGGGCAUACAAAAACGGAAAAGGUAGAGUGUAUGUGCAUUGCAAGGAAGGCUACAGCCGCUCGCCCACCUUAGUCAUCGCCUACCUGAUGCUUCGCCAGAACAUGGAUGUCCACAGCGCUCUGGCCACGGUGCGACACAACAGAGAGAUCGGACCUAAUGACGGCUUCCUUCGACAGCUCUGCCGACUAAACCAGAGGCUGGCUGCUAAGGGGACGUUCUGGAACAAAUGAAGCAGAGAAAAAAAGGUGGCACUUAAUUGUGCUGCAGUGGAAUUGGCUUUUGUCGAUGUCCCUUGUCUGGCUGACGUCGAUGCGCCUCGCUAUGUAUUUCCGUUAUCACUUUUUCCUGCGGAUUUAUUUUCCAUUUUAGGCGCAUUCCUGUUUCCACCUCCCAUGAUGAGUUUUUUGAUAUACCUAGCUGUGCCUGCUAGCUUUUAUUUAUUUUGCUACUUCGCAUUUUUGUGCGUUGUGUCACUCUGUUUAUUUUGCACAGAACAGGAAGUCACUGUCUGCAUCUUUUAAUGUUGUGUAGCCAAACAGUAGUUACGUUGCUGUUUUUUCACGUUGCGUAGCAAUAAUGAUGAAGUUAACAAUACUACAACGCAUGUUUCAAAUUUAUGUAUGUCGGCGGCGACUUAAGCAGGCACUUUUUAGUAAUAAGAAGAAUACGGUGGACUGGGACUUGAUGAGCUGGUGGACAUAAACGGGGCGGACCUUAGCGGGUUCGACUGUUGACUUACAGUAAGUGCGGCUCGUGGAAAUUAAAGGUUAAGGUGCCACACAAAGCACUCACUGAACACACAACUCUGCACUUCUGAUAAGCCUACUGUAUUGCCUAUAUUUAUUGUGACGCUCAGUUGCUAUUACAUAUAUUCACCAGAAGAGUGCUACUCACGAACCACACAGAGUCAUGUUAAUGUGAGCCAUAGAAUAAACACAGCAUAAUCUCUCAUUCGCUGUUCAAUUGUGCUAAUUUUUAAAAAGUUCUCAAUAGCCAAUGUGUAAUGGGACAACUUUGGAAGGCGCUGGCUGAGAUUAAAUAUUAAAGUUAUUUUAUUUUUGAUGAAAUGAUAGCCUGUUUUAAACGAACAAACCAAGAAUACUUUUUUCCUACCACAUCAUAUGCAAAUGAUAUGCAAAUUAGACAGCGUCAUCUAGAGACUUCCGCGACAGCCAAUAGCUACUUUUCUUACUGAAAUGUUGGCAACAGCGCACGGUGUGGCUGUUCCAGACGUCCAGGAUAUGGCAGUGUCGGAAAUCUGACCAGAACUGGACUUAGGAGACCAAGUGGGGGGUAAAUCGCUGUUAAUGGACUACAGUGCUGAUGGGGAUGUCAUACAACUUCAUGUCAAAAAAUCCAAACUAUCCCUUUAAAGGAAGUCGGACAUAGCCCAUCAAAGACGAGAUGUUUCAAACAAGGCCGGUACUGAGCCCUGUGUUGGACAGUAAUAUACCAGGGGCCCGUUGCACCAAAGAAGGAUUGAGACGUGAAUGACUAAGCUGAGCUCAACCAACCCGAAACAAGAGCAUCUAAGCUUACCGACCCCGCUGUUGAUCACAGUCACCGAUUCACCAUGGCAAGGAGAGCAGCGUACUUUCCCCCCAACGGAAGCGGGAAUCGUCAUAGUGGCUUACGAGGACGCGAAACAGCAAAGAAAAAAGAAAGGCGGCACCCGCCACAGUCACAACACAAAGUGAGAAAGCGUGGCAAGGUAUUACAUAGACGAUUUGCAAUACUUUGUGCGUAAGUAGUGCACAAAUACACACGGCUGCACUGAAACCAUCAUAAUUCAAAUCCAAAUAGUUAAUAGUCAACUAAUAUUUGUUGCUUGUUUAACAAAUCAGGAACAGCAGCGUACGGUAAUAUCUACAAACUCUUUAAUUAGCACAUCACCAUUACUCGCUCGCAGCUUCAACAGCUUGUAAA